UGAAGAGAUAGCAGUAACUUUAGAGCAACAGCAACAGCAUAUGUUCAAUAAUAACAAUGCUGACACCAAUGAUAAUGUUAACAAAAAUUCUUUCAAAAUAUGGCACAAGCGACAACCCCAGUGGAUCUCUUUAAUAUGACCAAACACUUUGCGAACGAAGGAUUACGUUGUCUAAAUAGAAUACAACUACAACCACCGGAUCUGUCAAGUUCGAAUGAAGUUGAUAUUGCACCCAAUUCCCCAACAAAUGAUUUUCUCGCUAUAUCCGCUGCUGUGCCACCCAAUUUUCCUCAGGAAAGAAUACCAUUUUUACAGCGCAUCAUUGACUAUAAUAAUAGUAUCAUCAAUAGUAAAUCGCAAGGCAAAAGACGUGAAUGGCACCUUACAGAAGAAGAAUUGACUUUUAUCGAAAGUCACUAUACAGGAGGAAGAGAAGAAGCAGAAGAGGGAGCAAAAGUUAGCAUGCCUUGGAGUCGUGUCAUAUUCCCUGAGGGACAGAAAAGAGGCUUUUUCAGACAUUGUAGAUCAGCAAUGGACGUGUCAAGGGCUUAUUGGGCAUUAAGAGUUCAUGUACCAAAGAGGCGGAAACGUUUCUAGAAGUGCCUUACAAUCCGCUGUAUAGGAUCAGCAGUAUAUGAUUUCCAAGACGAAGGAAGAGAAUGAACGGGACCACAAUCUUUCAAUGAACCUUGCGUUUUUAUAUCUCAGUAUGUAUACUCUUCUUAAGAUAGAAAAGCUAUAAAUGCG